AUGGCCUCAUCGGCAGCAGCGCCGCCAGUAAUAAAUGCAGUCUUAACAAAGAAUGCCAAAAGACGCGCUAAGAAGAAGCUGCAGCGGUCACAGUCCGAAAUUCCACAAAAAUCAUCGGUUUCUAAGGAGUCAUACGAGUCUUCCCCUCAAGCUCGUGUGGAAGAUGAGGCUGCAUUGCCGUCUUACAUCGAGGCACCGCCGGAUCCUGUCGCUGCCCCUCUACCAGACAUGGAUGAUGAAAUGUUUGCGAGUUUCUCGUCUGUCUUGGAACGAUUCCAACCCCAGGAAACAGACGCGCCCAAUCCAAAGGGACAAGUGCUGUAUUCCGACGACGAUAUGUACUCAGACGAUGAACAGCCUCGUUUACCACAAAGCACCAUGUCGCGGAAGAAGCUCCGUGAACUACAACGCAUGUCAGUGGCUGAGCUCAAGCAGCUGGUGCACCAUCCAGAGGCCGUCGAAUGGGCAGACGUAGCUUCACCGGACCCACGCUUACUGAUUCAUUUGAAGAGCUAUCGCAAUGCGGUACCAGUACCCUCGCAUUGGGGUCACAAGCGCGAGUAUUUAUCUCAUCGUCGCGGCACGGAGAAGCCUCCAUACGAGUUGCCGUCCUACAUUGCUGAGACAGGCAUUGCGACUCUUCGGAAUGCUGUUACGUCUGCAGAAGCGAACAAGACUCUUAAAGCCAAAACACGCGAACGUGUCCAGCCUAAAAUGGCUCGUAUGGAUAUUGAUUACCAGCGAUUGCAUGACGCCUUUUUCCGGUUUCAGACCAAACCACCUAUGACUCAAUAUGGUGAAACCUACUUUGAAGGCAGAGAUGGCGGGUCUCGAGCACGUCAUCGUCGGCCUGGUGAUUUAUCUGAAGCAUUGCGAGAGGCCCUAUCUAUCCCCCCACUUGCCCCACUUCCCUGGCUCAUUGCCAUGCAGCGACAUGGCCCACCACCCAGUUACCCACAUAUGCGUAUUCCUGGUCUGAAUGCGCCGAUUCCAGAGGGUGCUCAAUGGGGCUUCCACCCUGGUGGCUGGGGACGGCCGCCCAUUGACGAAAAAGGGCAGCCUAUUUAUGGUGAUGUUUUUGGUGAAAAUAAACAAGAACACCAAGAUUUGUUUGAACUUGACAUACCACAGCGUGAACUAUGGGGUGAGAUUGCUGUGGAUGAGGAAGAUUAUGAUGAAGACAGUGACGAAGAUGAGGAGCAAGAUGAGAAUGAAGAAGGCACCGACGAAGAUAUGGAUGAAGACGAAGAUGAAGACGAGCCAGCGGUGACAGAGGCUGACCAUUUCGUGCCCACCUCGGGUCUUGAGACGCCAUCCGGCAUCCAGUCCGUCUUGGCUGGGCUCGAAACACCAGCCCACAUCGAGCUUCGAAAAUCUGUCCCCACGCCUUCUCAGCCAAAUGGACCACCGCCAUCACUAUACCAAAUCUUGCCUGAGCGCGAGGCCGGUGCGCAAGGCCAUGGCUUUAUGGGCAGCGACCAUGUGUAUGACAUGAAUGCAAGUCGUCCGCAUAAUUCUACGUAG